AUGUCUGAUGAGGGGUAUGUUGUGCGAAUCAGGGGUCUCCCUUGGUCUUGCUCAGUGGAUGAAGUACAGAGAUUUUUCUCAGAUUGUAAAAUACUUGGCAAUGGUGGUAACACUGGCAUCCACUUCACCUCUACAAGAGAGGGUCGUCCCAGCGGAGAGGCCUUUGUUGAGCUGGAAGCAGAAGAAGACCUCAAGCAAGCCUUGAAGAAGGACAGGGAAACUAUGGGACACAGAUAUGUGGAGGUGUUUAAAUCAAACAAUGUGGAAAUGGACUGGGUCAUGAAGCACACAGGUCCAAACUGUCCCGAGACAGCUGGAGAUGGGCUCGUGCGACUACGAGGCCUCCCCUUUGGCUGCAGCAAAGAGGAAAUUGUCCAGUUUUUCUCAGGGUUGGAAAUCGUGCCAAAUGGGAUAACAUUGCCGGUGGACAUCCAGGGGAGGAGUACGGGGGAGGCCUUCGUGCAGUUUGCUUCACAGGAUAUAGCUGAAAAGGCUCUAAAGAAACACAAGGAAAGAAUAGGGCACAGGUACAUUGAGAUCUUCAAGAGUAGCCGCGCCGAAGUGCGAACCCAUUACGAGCCCCAGCGGAAGCCUAUGGGCAUGCAGAGGCCGAGCCCUUACGACCGGCCCUCCGGCGGGCGCGGCGGCUACAACAUGAUGAACCGAGGGGGCUCGUACGACCGAAUGCGGCGCGGAGGCUACGGAGGAGGCGUGUCGGACGGCCGGUACAACGACGGCGUGGGCUCGUCUUUCCAGAGCACAACGGGUCACUGCGUCCAUAUGAGGGGCCUUCCGUACAGAGCCACUGAAUCAGACAUUUACAUUUUCUUCUCUCCGUUAAACCCAGUGCGGGUUCAUAUUGAGGUCGGACCGGAUGGCCGGGUAACCGGGGAAGCAGAUGUGGAGUUUGCCACACACGAGGACGCUGUGGCUGCCAUGUCCAAGGACAAGGCUAACAUGCAGCACCGCUACGUCGAGCUGUUUUUAAACUCAACAGCAGGGGGCAGUAACGGUGGCUACAGCAGCCAGAUGAUGGGGGGCAUAGGGAAUCAGUCGUCUUACAGUAGCAACCAGAUGAGCUCCGGCUAUUCUAGUGGAUACAGCAGCCAAGGAAACAUGGGUGGCUACAGUGAUUAUAGUAACCAGGGCGGAAUGGGAAGCAGUUACUAUGGUGGUGGUGGCAGCAGCAGAAGCUCCAUGAAUGGACUUGGUGGGGGAUGGGGAAUGUAG